UAGAGAGCUGUCUGUUGUACCUCCGAGACUAAAUGCGGAGUCGGGAGUGAUAUCACUUAUUAUAAUAACAUGAAAACGAAAAACUCAACUAGUUUGCUUGUGAUGUUGCAGAUGAAGGAGAUGAAUGCAAGGUCAGAAAAUAUACAAACAGCUCCUAGCAUGCCAGAUGUCCACCGCAGUAGUUGUACAACAACCGAAGCUGAAUCUUCUGGUACCAAUCAAGUAAAGAAAAGUUCGAAACAAAAGAUCAGCACAAGAGACAUGUCACUUCUAUCAGGGGAAGAAGAUAUUACAAGGAAAUCAGUUGAACCUAUAAAAGUAUUCUCUGAAAAAGAUCUGAUAAAGGAAAUAGGAAAAGUAAUGUCUACUUUACAACCAGAUAAUGAGUGGUCAAUCCGGAUAACUGCGAUGCAAAGAGUGGAAGGCAUAGUUCGUGGAGGUGCCGCGGAUUAUUCAGCCUUCCCCACGCUUCUAAAGCAACUCGUGGCUCCUCUUAUAACCCAGCUUCUGGACAGGAGAUCUAGUGUUGUAAAGCAGGCAUGCCAUUUGCUAAUUUUCCUAUCAAAGGAGCUACUACGCGACUUCGAACCAUGUGCUGAAUUGCUUAUUCCGGCCCUUCUUAAGAAUGUCGUGAUCACUGUUCUUGUAAUUGCCGAGUCAGCUGAUAACUGUAUAAAAGAGAUGCUACGAAACUGCAAAGUAGCUCGCAUUCUACCAAGAGUUAUUGAAUUCGCAAAAAAUGACAGAAGCGCAGUUCUUCGUGCCAGGUGUUGUGAGUAUGCAAUACUGAUGCUAGAGUAUUGGGUUGAUACUCCCGAACUACAGAGAUCAGCUAAUCUGUAUGAAGAACUCAUAAAGUGUUGCAUAGGAGAUGCAACUAGUGAGGUUCGAUCGGGUGCUAGGGUAUGCUACAGGAUAUUCUCCAGAAUUUGGCCUGAACGUUCUCAUCUGCUCUUCUCAUCAUUUGAACCAUCCAGGCAGAAAAUGAUAAUUGAUGAUGAUGCUGAGACACAUCAAAAGCAGUUGUCACCAAUAGAAGGAAUUAGGCUCGGGCAACCUCAAUCUGUUCCUUGCAUUCCAACUGCAAUGGACAAAGUUGUCAUGGUCGAUCCUCUGACAUCACUUUCUUCUGGAGACCUGCAAUCAGCACUGAUGAAAAUAUCUCUUCAGCAUUCUCAUAUGACCCCUCAAAUUCCAGCAGAAGAUAGUAAAGAUGGUUUAGCUAUUGGAAGUUCAUUUGAGGAUAUGAGCACAUUAGAAGAAGAAAGAAUUCCAGUUCCAGACCCUGAUGAACGCGUUUCAGACCAAAAUGCAGGUAUCAGUUCAUCAUCCCGUGAUUUUCCUUCUGCCACUCCAUUUGAACCAACUCCAGACAUUUUAUUGUCAGAAGCAACUGUCAUAGCAACUUUCCAAGACAAGGCCGAGUGCAGGCCGGAGGUUGAACAUAUAACUUCUUGUCAAGUUCAAGCAUCACGGGAUCCUUCUGAGAUGUUGAGGCGCACUCCUCCUGCUAGUUCAGAAGAGUCAGAAAACUUGCUAAACCAAAGGCCCACUAAAUCAAGCUCUAAUGGAAUAUCAGGUGGAAGAUUAAGGUCCCAACAAGAAGAGAGGCCCUGUGUCAGAACUCCUCGUAAGAGUGUAGUUUCGAAGCAGUCACCGAAUAACCACACUCCUAAUUUCCGGCGACCUCUCCUGAGUAAGCUGAUGACAAACUGGUUCUAUGCCAGUACAAGAGGUGAUUUAGAUGGUAAACAGCUCAUUAUUGGUGAAACGGCCAAUAGCAUGGAUGUGCCCUCAUCUCUCACUGGGGCACUUUCUUUAGGCCUUAACCCCAAGUCAGAUUGGAUGAUGAGGGUAUAUGCAUUCAAUUUCUUGCGCCAACACUUGCAAGAGCGAGGACCGAAAGGCAUUCAGGAGGUUGCACAAAAUUUUGAGAAGGUUAUGAGGCUUGUUAGUCAGUAUUUGGAUGAUCCACACCAUAAAGUGGCACAUGCUGCUCUCUCAUCACUUGCUGAGAUCAUGCCGGUUUUCAAGAAGCCUUUUGAACAUUAUCUGGACAAGAUGUUGCCCCAUGUUUUCUCUCGAUUAAAUGAUCCAAAGGAGUCAACCAAGCAGCAAUGCUUAUCAGUUUUGAAUCUUGCAGGUGAAAAUUACUCCAUUGAUUCUCUCUUACCUGCUCUGCUUCGUUCGUUGGACGAGCAAAAAUCCCCCAAGUCAAAGCUUGCAAUUCUUGACUUUGCAAAGGCCUCUUUUGUGAAAUGCACAGUUAGUUCUGACAUCUAUCCUGGUAGCAGUUUUCUCAAGCCGUGGCUUGGGAAGCUAACUCUUCUGUUUAAGGAUAGAAACAAGAAGCUAAAAGAGGCUGCGGUGGUUGGUUUAUCUUCAGUGUAUUGUCAUUAUGAUCCGGAAACCAUGUUAAGCUUUAUAGUUACCUUGUCAAUGGAAGAACAGAAGCAACUUACGCGGGCAAUAAAGCAGUUAAUCCCUAUGAUAGGGAGCGACCUGGAAGACUUCUUGCAGCAAAGGAGACAUAAACACAAAGUGCCGUCUUUUGAUCGCUUUGCUGCUACAGAUCCUCAUCCCAGAAGUUAUGUUGGAAGGCAACAUAAAUCCCACCAGCAUGACGCAUAUCAAUCUAGUGAUGUCAGAGGUGAUCAAGUAUUUAGCUCCGCAUUCCAAUAUCUCCCAAACACUCACUUGGAGGUCUUUGGGCGUCAUACCGCGAAGGUUCAAUCUGAAUUGGGUGGUGAAUCUUAUGGUCACAGAGCUGAAAUGAUGGGUAAAAAGUAUAGUCCUAGAAGGCGAAGCAAGGAUAUGAUGAUGAAUAGUAGUCAGAGUCAUGAGCCAAGCAUUUCCAAGAUGCAUCAUCAGAAUUUGCAUCAUAUGUCCUCUCUCCUUGAGAUGCUUGAUGACCCAAUUGAAUCCACUAGAGAGCUUGCACUUUCUCUAUUGGCUGGAAUUCUCGAAAAGAAAGAAAAGGCACUGGAGAAUUGUAUCGAGACUCUUGUAGUUAAAUUGUUGCAUGCAACCAAAGAUUCUGCCUUAAAGGUAGUAAAUCUGGCGCAUAUCUGUCUGACAACCGUGGUCACUCAAUUUGAUCCACUGGGAUGCCUUCGGGCAAUUGCUUCUCAGUUGGUCUCUCAUGAUGAGAAAAUCCUUAUUGUCAGCAUCAACAGUUUGAGCAAGCUUGUGAUGCGGCUGUCACACGACGACCUGAUGGCUCAUUUGUCGACAUUUCUACCCGUGCUUUUGGACACCUUCGAAAACCACAGCCCGUAUGUUCGCAAGGCUAUUUUGCUGUGUCUGGUGGACACGUACCUGAAGCUGGGGCCGGCGGUGGCGCCGCACCUGGAGCGGCUGGGUGGCGCACAGCUGCUGCAGCUCGUCGUGGCCACGUCGGCGAGCAGACUGUCCAGGGCGAACAUCUGAUGGUUCAAGGCAUGAUGGAAGGCGUGUACGUGCAGCUACAUCUCUUGUGAUUCACUCAAUGUAAACAUCAAUAAUAAGUACAGUGCUGCCUCAACGGUUUCAGAAAAAGAAACCAACGGAAAAAGCUGACCUGUUCCUUCC